AUGUGGAUUUAUGUUAAUAAACCAGUUCAAAGUUUAAUGUAUAUCUUGGAAGUUGAUUUACCAAUAGAAUAUCCUAACCAAAUUCCUAAUGAGAAUUUGAGCGAACCAGUUGGCGUUAAAAAAUUAAAAGAGAAAUACAGAAUACAUCCACCGCAAAAAUUUACUUAUGUCAGUAAGUAUCCGCAGUUGAUAAAAGAUGUAAUUGUAGAAAGUCAAGAAAAAAAUACUUCUUUUAUCCGAGUAAUUAUUCAAAACAAAGAAGGGAAAAUAUUGAUGAUAAAAGAAAAAAAACGAGGUUGGAUGUUUCCCGGUGGAAAAAUAGAAGAAGGAGAAACUCCCGAGGAAGCCGCCAAAAGAGAAGUUUUUGAAGAAACUAAUUUAGUAGUAAAGAAUUUGAAAAAAGCUAAAGAAAGAGCUUUCUUUUUUGAUGACCGACGAAUAAAAAAUAAACAACAAAAAGGAUAU